UAACAUUAUUAUUCUUUACUAAAACAAGUAACACUAUCAAGUAAUUUUACAAGUAAAAGUAAUAAAACAUAAAAACAUAAAAAUUUCAAAUCUCAAGCAUGGAAACUGUACUGGACGGAAUAAUAGGCGGUAUUCUGUCCACAAAUACCGAGCGCAUUCGCGAGUCCACCGAAGCUUUGCGGCAGGCGUUUAAGAAUCCGCAGACACUGCUAGUGCUCUGCCGGAUAAUGGUGUCGCCUCGCGAGACCGAAGUUCGCCAGUUGGUGGCUGUACUGCUAAAUCGUCGACUCAGGAAGCAGCGCUCCUGGCUGUUGGUGCCGCCCGAAGACCAGGCAGUCAUCAAGAUCGGCAUCCUGCAAGCAUUAAUUGGGGAGCAGGAAAAGAUUGUGAGGAACGUGGUUGGUCAACUCAUUGGGACUUUGGCGCAACAUGAGGCGGCCGAGAAGAACUCGUGGUUGAACGAAUUGCUGGCGUUCACUUACCAACACUGCAGCAUGGCCGAUCCCAAGAAGAGUGAGCUCGGAGCAUUCUUAUUUUCCAAACUGGCCGAAGCCACACCCGAUCUAUUCACUAGUCGAAUGACUGAGACCUUACACCUCUUCACGUGUAUACUGAUGGCAGCCCAGGCCUAUGGCGAUAUGGCCACACCCACUGUCGCCAAUAUGAUAAAGGGUAUGUGCUAUCUCAUUCCAGCAGUUGAAGGCCUCACAGCAGCGGAGCAGAUGCUGGCCAACGCCGUGCCCCUGACACUCUCGGCCCUGCAGUCAUUUGCCCAAAAGUAUCUCAAUGCCGAAUUCACCAACUGUUUUGACACCCUCGAUUCCAUAGUCGAGUAUGUGCCGAAAUUGUUGAAUCAGAAUUUGAAGUACGUCGUGCAUUUCUGUCUGCAGAUGAUGGCCGGCUAUCAGAUAGAUACGUGCAUUCGAAUGAGUGUAUUGAACUUUGUGCAAUACUUUGUCCGAAUCAAGAAGCGGAUGAUUAUCAAACAGAACCUGCUGGAGCCCAUAGUGAGCGUUAUCGUUGAGAUGAUCUGCAGUGAUUCUGACUUCAAUGAUACAGAGAAUGAAUACUUCUCGGGCACAGGCAAUACUCCUGGCGCCUCGGCCACCAACAUCCUCGAUAUCAUGGCUUGUCACAUACCGUCAGAGAAGAUGCUUGGCCUCGUUUUGCCCCUUAUCGAGACGGCUUUGCAUCAUGUGGAUGCAGUGCGGCGACGCGGCGGCUUCAUGUGCAUGGGCGUCAUCUCCGAAGGUUGCUCGGAGGCCAUCAAGCGCAAAUAUCUGGAAAUAAUGGUGAAUAUUAUCAUCCAGCGGGGCGUUGUUGAUCACGAUUUCAGAGUACGAAACGCGGCCUUCUUUGCCAUUGGACAGUUCUCGGAAAAUAUGCAGCCAGAGGUAUCUGAAUAUGCAAUGCAAAUUCUGCCCGUGCUCUUCGAUUUGCUGCACCAACUGAUGGUGGAUAUAUAUCUGGGCAAAUCGGUGGACCACAGCUACAUGAGGCGCAUCUUCUAUGCGCUGGAGGUGUUCUGCGAGAACCUUGCAGAUAAGAUUGUUCCAUAUUUGCCAAAACUGAUGGAGCGUCUGUUCGAGUGCAUGGAUGAACGGCACACCGUCCGAAUGCGACAGCUGGCCCUGGCCAGCAUCUCAGCGGUGGCCAAUGCAUCCGAAACGAGUUUUAUGCCAUACUUUGACACGGCUAUGGACAUACUACAGCAAUAUCUGGUGUACGAGUGCACCGUGUCGAUGAAUGAGUUGCGCAUUCAGGCCAUCGAUACACUGUCAGCGAUCUGCUGCAAGGUGGGCAGUGAUAAUUUCAUGCCUUGCGCCCAAGAUACGGUGCAGUUUUCGGUGAAUAUGCUGGAGCAGGGUCCCGAUGAUCCGGAUUUGAGGCGUGCCGUCUAUAGUCUGCUUGCCGCAAUGUCGAAUGUGAUGACUGAGGAUAUGGACACAGUGUUUACCAGGGUCCUGGAACGGAUUAUGGAGACGGUGGUCUCUACAGAGCAUGACACUGACAACGAGCAGGAGGAUGAUAGCGAUGACGAGGAUUCUUGGGAUGAUUUGGAUGUGGAGAACGAUUAUGUCUAUGAGAAGGUGGAGGCCAUAUUAGCCCUGAAGGAAUUCGCUGUGAAUUCGAUCAUAUCCUUCUCGCCCCACCUCACAAAUUCACUCUUUGCGGUAUACAAAAACAUUGAUCAUGGCCAGAAAUGCGUUCGCGAAGCAUCCGUCAAGGCGCUCUGCGCCUUUGUGAAUGCCCUCGACACUGUGCGGGACAAACGCGGCGUGAGGGGUGCCUGCGACAUUCUUAUGCCAAAGUUUUCCGACCUCAUCAAGAACGAUCAGGAACAUGACGUAGUUUGGGUAAUAUUGGAUGAGCUUAGGGAUCUGUUCCGGGCCAUCCGGAAAGGCGCUUUGCAUGCGCCAGAACCCGCAGAGGCUGUUGUGGAUGCCAUUGAAAACGUGCUACUCAACAAAAUUGCCUGUCAACUGCCUGAGCCCAGUGGCGGUGGCGGUGGUGACGGGGAGAUCGUAAGCCUGGACACCGUGGAAAGCGAGUUGGAUGAGAUGAUCGCAGAGAGUGCUUGCAAUUUGGUUGCCACAAUGGGAAUGGCUCUCGAUCCGGACUCAUACUCAAUGUACUUUGGGCGAUUAUAUCCUUUAUUAAUGGCCCAAUUGGAUAAGGCCAAGCGUAACGAUGAGCCACGUAAGCGUUCCGCAGUCUAUGGCGUCCUAUCCGAAUGCAUUAAUACGUUGGGCAUGCGUGUCGCCACCCAUUUCGAUGCCCUCUGUCCCGUGCUCCUGGAUGGCACCAACGACUGCGAAUCAGAUCCGCGAAUGGCUUGCUUCUGCGGACUGGGCGAACUGGUCUAUACUGCUAAGGAAAAGUCCUUUGGCUCGUAUACUGUGAUUCUGCAAGCCCUCUCCAAUGAGAUCGCCAAGAACUCGACGGAUGCCACAGUACUGGACGAUAUUUGCGGUGUUUUGGCACGCCUGAUUAUAACCAAUUGCAAUUUGGUGCCUCUGGAUGAUGUGCUGCCCGUUUUCAUGUCCCUUCUGCCCAUUCGCAAUGACACCGACGAAAAUGGCAUGGUGCUCGACGCCUUCCGUGUGCUCUACAUGAAUGCGCGACCCAGUGUUGUCGUAUUCGUUGGCGAAAUGGUUUCCAUCAUCUUUCAUGUGCUGCUCCAUGAGCAAUUUGAUGAUGACAAAGCCACCGCCAGAGCCAUUACUUUCCUGAAGGAAAUCAAGCACGACUUUCCCGACCAUAUCAACAAUCUGAUCGGCUCGUGCAUGACUCCGGCGGCUCUUACAUUGCUACAGAAACUGUUCAAUUAAGCAGACACAUAAUGUGGAGCAUAUAUUGAUGAUAUUCUUUGAGAUUUCGCAAUUGUGUUGGUUAAAUGUUUCUAAAUUUAAAAUUUACAUUAAAUACUAGUAGACAAA